GGCCGAUCCAGAGCACGUUGUCGGCACGGACGGGCCACCGACGAUCUCCAGCAUGGGAAAAUAGCCUGAAAUCACGACCUCCCCUCCCAAGAGUCUCGGUUCCUCAACAGACUGCCCGAUGGCUCGUAUCCCGCGGAAAGUGUCGAAUUCUCUAGAAGGACUCGGCAAUGAAUGAUUCACGAGGUGGCGAAACCCAAUCACAGGCAUCGAGCUGCUCUCUCGGCGAAAAGCUGGUCCUGGAUGCCCCUCGAGGGCAGGGAGGCAAGUUUCGCCGGCUCGGGCGGCUGCUCGUACAACCUGUAGAUGUUUCGUCCUCAGAAAAUCCCCAUCCCAAUGUCCGCGUCGCAAACGUUCAGGCUCAGCGGAAUGACGCCGAGGGCAUUGAACAAAUCUCCAGAGCAGAGCUACGGCCAAUCACCAGGUUUGCCGUGAGGGGCCUUGAUGUCAGCGGUAUCGGAGUUGCAACCGCACGGUGGCACAAAUCGACUAUACCGCGCAUUUUGCCCGUAUCAAAUCUGCAUAGCGGGGACCUCCCAGGCUGGAAAGACUUGACGCAUAGUUGCACAAGUCACAAAUAUGCUGACGCUUGGGCACAGAAAACAUGAUUGGCGAGCUUUGAACAAGAGCGAAAUGAGCUAGCUUACCCUGCGCGGUUUCCAACCUGUUCCUCUUCCACUGCUCCAAGAAAUCCAGCGCCACCUGGAUCAUCUCGUUGCGUUGCCACCAUGGGAUAUGUUGCGUGGCAUAUAGACGUGGUCUCGACAUAAUGCCCGUGUGAUUGGAGGGCUUGGAAUAUUCGGAGCCUUGCUCUGUCUGGUACAAACAAGAGACCCUGCUCCUGACGACUUGUGUCCGCCGGCGCCGAAAGGGUGAAUGAGACGUAAUACUCGGUCUUGAACGCGUCGUUGUGCCGGACUGGCUCGGAUCAGGGACCUGGGAUUCCGAGGAGGUGAUGGAGCUUUUGUCAAAAUCUACCUCUGCGUCCGCCGAAUGGGAGAGAGGAAGCAGGGUAUCGGCUUAUGCUUCGAGGUGAGGGCUAUGAUGAGAUAUCGAGUUUCACCAAAUGAAAGAGAGAGCAUUCACAGCUGAAUCAGUCCACUUGAUGUUGGAGUUUUCCGC